UCUAUUGUUUUGAGUCAGUGGAUCAGUUGUCAUCCAUGCCCUCACCUAAGAAGCAAUGAUUCCAAUUCUUCUUGGCAUCUGAUUUUAUUCUAAUGGGUUAAAUUAGAUUCAGUUUUACAAUUAUCCGAGCUUUGGCUGCGUUGUAUUGUAUGACAACUCCCAAUUUCAUCAGGUUUGGCAAUGCGAGGUUAUUCCAUACAUCCGUACAUCAUAUCACAUCACAUGAGGCUGAAGUCUGCUGUUUAGAGACUCCAUUUGAGAGGGGUUGUUUUUAUGAAAGUGGGAAGGGUUGUUACAUUCCAGGGCUGGUUCGGGACGAUUUUUUAAAAAAGUACAGAGGUGGCCCCAACACAGAGGAGCAGCUGCUCAGCUGUGAAUAGGCAAAGAGCGAAAUGAUGACAUGAUGGGGAAAUAGUGCAAUAUUUUAACAGCCCUCCAGUCCUGGCUGCUUUUUAAAAAACAAACCCUAAUAUGUUAUUUGCUUUACUAGUUUUAUUUACAACACGCUCCCCAUUAGCACCUCCCCUGAUUACUGAGGAGGGAGCGCUAUAUCAGGAGAGAUUACUGAGAGAGCUAUGCCCGGAAAAUCCCGCAAACCAGCUGCCUUGGGGAGGUGGGUUUUCUUUUUUUCCACGCUUUUUUGUUUAUUUGUUUUGUUUAAAAACAUUUUGAAGAGUAAACACAAAAGUAAAGGGCAGGUAUAAAGUGUCUGUUGGUAAGAGGUCAGAGGUUAGAAAUUCACGUCAAUUCUGUGGUAGAGGCUGUGGCGUGGGGCAGGGAGAGGAAAAUAUAUUUCCACCAAGCAGCUUGUUGAUUUUAAUUAACACAGGGAUUCUCUGCUAGGAACAAGGAACAACCUCCAUCUACUGGCUAGAUCUCUACGUCUCCUCUCCUUCCAAAACCCCAUUCCUCACUCAUUAGGAAGGGAACAGUUUGGGGGGAAACUGCUAAGGUCUUAAGGAAGCCCUCGGUGCUUGUGCAAAGAGAAGCCACUAUUGCAAUCUCCCUCUGCCUGCGCCGUGCGCCUUGGUGUAGACAUUUUGGAUGAUCUAAAGACUCUGGGGUCUGUAUAUGGAAAUAGUGGGGUGCAGAGCAGAAGAAAAUACUUGUCCUUUCCGUCCCCCAGCCAUGCUUUUCCACGGAAUCUCCGGAGGCCACAUCCAAGGAAUCAUGGAGGAGAUGGAGAGGAGAUCCAAGACCGAGUCCCGCCUGGCCAAAGGCGGACAAAUGAACGGCCGGGAAACGAACAUGCCCCCAAUGAGCCCCGAGAAGCCUGCUUUGUGUGCUGGUUGUGGAGGGAAGAUCUCAGACAGAUAUUACCUGCUGGCUGUUGACAAACAAUGGCACCUCAGGUGUCUUAAAUGCUGUGAAUGUAAACUGGCUUUGGAGUCAGAACUCACCUGCUUUGCCAAGGACGGCAGUAUUUACUGCAAGGAGGAUUAUUACAGGUUCUCCGUGCAGAGAUGUGCCCGCUGCCACCUUGGGAUCUCAGCCUCUGAAAUGGUCAUGAGAGCCAGGGAGUCGGUUUAUCACUUGAGCUGCUUCACCUGCACCACCUGCAACAAGACUCUGACCACAGGGGAUCACUUUGGCAUGAAGGACAACCUGGUUUACUGCAGGGCCCAUUUCGAGACCCUUUUGCAAGGCGAAUACCCGCCUCAGUUGAGCUAUACUGAGCUGGCUGCCAAGAGCGGAGGGCUGGCACUGCCUUACUUCAAUGGCACUGGCACAGUCCAGAAAGGGAGGCCCAGGAAGAGAAAAAGCCCAGCUCUAGGAGUGGACAUCGUCAGUUACAACUCAGGUUGUAAUGAAAAUGAGACGGAUCACCUGGACAGGGACCAGCAGCCUUACCCCCCGUCCCAGAAGACUAAGCGCAUGCGCACUUCCUUCAAACACCACCAGCUCCGCACCAUGAAGUCCUACUUUGCUAUCAACCACAACCCAGAUGCCAAGGACCUCAAGCAGCUUGCCCAGAAAACGGGCCUGACCAAGAGAGUUCUGCAGGUUUGGUUCCAAAACGCAAGAGCCAAAUUCAGAAGGAACCUUUUGCGGCAGGAGAAUGGGGGUGUCGAUAAAGCUGAUGGCACGUCACUUCCGGCACCGCCCUCAGCAGACAGCGGCGCUCUCACUCCACCCGGCACUGCGACCACUUUAACAGACCUGACCAAUCCCACUAUCACUGUAGUGACAUCAGUGACCUCUAACUUGGACAGCCACGAAUCCGGGAGCCCCUCACAAACUACCUUAACGAACCUUUUCUAACAUUUGAAUUUUUUUUUGAUUCUUCUUCUUCUUUAUUAUUAUUAUUUACAAGACUCUUUAUUUUUUUUUUUAAACAAACCCACAAAAUAUUUGGGAAAACAAACAGCUUGGUGUGUAGCAUCUGCAGCCACUUGGCAAAUGAGUUUGCAGUAAUAUGUCUCCAUUAUAAAUGAACAUAUUUUGUCUAUAAAUUGUAUUUGGAUUUUUUUUAAUUCAUCAGACAAUUGAAAGGAAAGUUAUGAAGCAUUCUAAUAAGUGCCUCUUAAAAUUGUAUGUUACUUAUUUCCAGAAUCUUGGGGGGAGGAGAGGGAGAAAGCCUCUGACAGUUCAUUUAAAGCCAAUAGUUUGCUACUCCAGGAUUGUAUAUGCAUUUAUGGAGUUUCCGAGUCCUAAGUCUAAUUUUAUUUUUAUAAUACAUGUUCAAGUUUCAUACUAUGUAUUUUUCACACCUACAAAACAAAUCAAAUUAGGAAUUGGAAUAGACAGAGGCAUUCCAAGUGUCAAUGCUGCUUCUUCUUUUUGUAUAAAUCUUAGUUAUGAGCUUGACCCUAUAUUCAUUGAGCACCCAAAAUUCCCACACAAGUUAAUAAUCUCAACCCUGCAAGACAUUCAUCCAUGUGGAAUGUCCAUUGACACCAAUGGGAGUGGGGCACGGAUGAAGGAUUUGCAUGAUUAGGCUUAAUGGGAGUGGUGUGUAGGUAAGGAGGGCAAGAUCAGGCCCUUAGUCUGUGAAUUCUGCAUUAUGCACACCAAAGGCCCUAAUCCUACAAACGCUUAUGCUCCAGAGUAACUUUACUUAUGUAAGGAGGCUCACUAAGGUAUACACCAGAGGAACUAUUCAAAUGAGGAGUCUCAUUGAUUUCAAUGAGUUUUUUCAUAUAAGUAAGGUUACUCUGUUGCAUGACUGUUUGCAGGAUUGGGCCACAGGCUGAAUAAUUCAAUAUAAGUUUUAGUAUUGCCUAGGCAAAAUUUCAUUUUUUUUCCUCUCUGCCAUCAAUGCCACUGAUUUUAAUUUAAAAAAUAAAUAAAUGAAAACAGUUAACUCUAUACGGCCCUGAUCCUGCACCAUUAAAGCCAAUGGGAGAUUUGUCAUUAACUUUAGUGAGUGUAGGAUAAAGUUCUAAAAGUAUACAUAUGUUUAUUACUAAGGCAAUUCUCAAUGAAUUAAACUUUUUCAGGGAAGAUGGAAAUAAGCAAAAUAUAAUUUAUUAAGAUGUUUAAGGAAACUGAUUUUAGGACAUUUUAUUCAUGCUAUUUUGAAUUUAUUUUAGAUGUUUCAUGAGAUUGUAUCAGACACUUUGUUUAAUACAUGAACUUAAAUCUUUAGUACAUUAAUAUUUCUAAUAUAUACUUUAGUUUUUUAACUUUUGUAUAAAAGAAAAAAGCGUUAGAAGAAUUCUUAUGAAAUUUGGAAUUGGCAGUGGAUAGCUUUGAGGCAGAUAAACUCAGAAGACCUUGUGGAUGCUGAUCUAAAUACAUUUCCUAGUUUACAAUAGUCAUUUUUUUUUCUUUUUCUUUUUUUUUUUAAUUUUAAUUAAACUAAAAGUCUGAAUGGUCUGGGCAGUGGUGAAUGUUCAUUUGUUCCCCUUUAUUGCAGUUAAAAAUAAUUAGAUUGUGGAAAGUCUGAGACACAAAAACAAAAAAACAGUCAAGAUCUACAUCUUGCUUUUAGUGGAUUGUUAAGAAUAACUUUGCACAUAGAAUCCACUUUUUAGACCCCAUCAAAUCUCUCUUUUGGUGGUGAAAGUGGCUAUUUAAUAUAUUUUAAAGGUGUCCUUUUUGGCUGUAUAAAUGUGUGGUUACAUAUUGACAGUUCACUGCCCACAUUAAAGUGCAUUAUUGUAACUUUUGCUCAGGGUUUUUAGAAAAUUAGCACAGAAAAGUAGCUUAUUUUUUAAAAAAAGAUGAUGGAAGAGAUGUUAACACUGUAAUAGAAGAAAGGUGUGUUUGCCAUUAUAUAUUUAGCAAGUAUGGUUAUCAUCUUCUAUGGAGCUUAAAUCUUGACUUUUCAUAUUUCUAUUACCUUAUGGGCAUUUACCACUAACCAGACCAAACAACCUUGGUAAGGCUGAUAUCUUUAUUAAUACACUUUUACAGGUAAAAAUAUUGAUACUUAUAAAUUUUGUUCUUUGACAGAACAAUAUAUGGUACUAUAGAUCUACUUUAUUAAGUAGACUAAUUAUAACUCAGUUCUACUAUGUGCCUUAUGAUAUAACUUGGGAGUAAGUUUGUGAAAAAUCAGGAUAUAUGUGUUGUUUGUUAAAUUAACUGUUUUAAGCCCUUUUGACACCUCACUAGUUUUGUACUGUUUUACCUCUUAUUUCUGAAACUCUUUUUAUGGUGUAUCCUGUUAGAGGGGACAAACAUGUCAUAGAAAGCAGUUGUGCACUCUUUCAGAUAUAGUUGAUAAAUUCAAUAAUCUUAUAUAUUGAGCUUCGUGUUUAUAGUACAGUAAGUGGUCUAGCAAAAUUGUCCAUGUUUCUUUGUUUAUUGAUAAAUGCAUUGUAUAGAAACUAUUUCCCCUAAAUAUUUAUGGACCAAACAAUUGUGAUAUAUCCUAUUAAAUUUGUGUGAAUAAAUCAUUUUGGAUCCAAGGAGUUUUAUUUCCCAUCAGUUUUUUUUAAAAUUUAAAGUCUACCUGUAUCUAUGUGUCUGCAUUUUUAUUAUGAAUGAAUGAAUGAAUGGUGUUAAACAUGGGAACGCAAGCUUAUAAAUGUGAUUUCUUUUUAGGUUUUCACUUUCUUCAUAGUAAAUGUACUUACCAUUGAUGGCGCAACUUAGGCGUUAAUUUUAAAUCCCCCCCCCUUUUUUUUUUGCACAUGAAAAGUAAUGCCCCACUGAUUUGAUAUUGCAACCUUAUUUUAGGAUUUUAAAAAUCAGAUAACUAGCAGCUACAGUAAUUGCAUGAAAAAUAUAACAAAUAAUGAUGAUGAAAUUAAUCAAGAUUUAAUGCUAGGUAUAUUGAACACAAACUAGAAUUGCAGACCCCUAAAAGCCAGGUUGCUCUGUAGUUUAAUAAAUUGUCACUAUGAU